UUUCACCGAUUAUAAACCCCAAUCCGCCGAACUCUCUCAGACGCUGGCGCUGAGAGAGGCACAACACCAAAACCCAAAGGUGCUAAGGUUUUUGUUUUGUUGUGGGAGCGAGAGAUGUUGAAGGUUUCUUGCAAUGCCACGGACAAAGUUCAGACCUUUGGGAAAUGCAGAUCAUUGGGUUCAUCUGGGCAAAUCUUGUUAGCCCGGAGAAGACCUGUGCUCUCCGUCUUGCCGCUGAAAACGGGGGGUAAGACUCUGGUUCAGGCUGUUGUGUCGGACCAGCAAGGUGGGGUCACCCGGGUGGAUUCUGGGUUGGGGAGUUUGGCGGACAGGCUGCGGUUGGGGAGCUUGACGGAAGAUGGGUUAUCGUAUAAGGAGAAGUUUAUUGUGAGAUGUUAUGAAGUUGGGAUUAACAAGACUGCCACUGUGGAGACCAUUGCUAAUCUCUUGCAGGAAGUUGGAUGCAACCAUGCUCAAAGUGUUGGAUAUUCGACAGAUGGGUUUGCAACCACUCGAACCAUGAGGAAAUUGCAUCUUAUAUGGGUAACUGCUCGCAUGCACAUUGAAAUCUACAAAUAUCCUGCAUGGAGUGAUGUGAUUGAAAUAGAGACAUGGUGCCAAGGUGAGGGUAGAAUCGGAACCAGACGAGACUGGAUUCUGAGGGACUAUGCAACUGGUCAAGUUAUUGGAAGAGCUACUAGCAAGUGGGUGAUGAUGAACCAAGACACUAGACGACUUCAGAAAGUUAGUGAUGAGGUCCGUGAUGAGUAUCUAGUUUUCUGUCCACGAGAACUGAGAUUAGCAUUUCCGGAGGAGAACAAUAACAGCUUGAGAAAGAUUGCAAAAUUGGAAGAUCCUUCUCAGUAUUCCAGACUAGGGCUAACAUCUAGAAGAGCUGACCUGGAUAUGAAUCAGCAUGUUAAUAAUGUCACCUACAUUGGAUGGGUUCUUGAGAGCAUGCCUCAAGACAUCAUUGAUACGCAUGAACUACAAACUAUCACCUUAGAUUACAGACGGGAAUGCCAACAGGAUGAUGUGGUUGAUUCGCUUACAAGUCCAGAGCCAAUGGAGGAUAAUGGGGCACUUUCCGAGCUUCUUGGAACAAACGGAACUGCUCCUACAAGAGAAGUCAAACAGGACAACCUUCAGUUUUUGCAUUUGUUGAGAUUGUCAGGUGAUGGACUUGAAAUAAACCGAGGCCGAACUGAAUGGAGAAAGAAACCUGCUAGAUAAAUUAAUGCCUGUCCUUAGCCUUCUCUUGCCUCAACUAUUUCUCCAAGCAAUUUAUUUUUUUCUUACCUUUUGUUUUGUUUGCUCUUUCUUGCUUUUUCCCUCCCAAGGGAUCUCACCACCCAAAAAGUCUACGUAAACUAUAGAGUGCAGUAUGAACCCCAGCAAGACAAAGCUCUAGAAAAAUAUGUACUUGCGGAUGUUCUGUCAAACCCUACAAUUCAGUUUGUUGUGUCUCGUCAUUUGUGAUUUGUUGUACUUUCCCUGUCAAUCUUUAAUGUUUCAUGAAUCAAACAAUCUCUGGUUCGAUUUAUCUUUUUCUGUGAAUUGAAAUUUCAACA